AUGGAAUCUCGCCAACCCAUACGGUCGUCGUCGCCGGCGUCGUCUCAUAUCGCAAGCCUCCUUUUGGUCCUCGCCGCGCCCGCGGGCGCCGAACUUGUCCCCGCCACCUUUCGGACCGUUUAUAUACCAGCCCUCCAGCUCUGCCCGCCAAUGGACCUCUCUGCCGACAAGAUCUGUGGCACCAUCCUUAGCCUCCGCCACAUCAAGGUUGAUCACACAGGUAUGGCGCCCACGCCCCUUGGACUGAACCACACCAACGCGGAAGCCUUGUGGUCUGGCUGCGCGGUGACCGCUCUGGAGGAGAGCGUCUACGAUGCGGCCCUGGUGACUGGCGAGACGGUGCGGGUGCCGCCUCUCUGGGGCCACUUGAGGCGCGAAGAUGCCGAAGCCAGCGGGCCUCAUCCGGGCCAGCUUCCUCCUGACCGACACGCUGCUCGAUGA